CUUCAUCACAACACAUUCAUUAUACCAAAUAUCUCUCUCUCUCACACACACAGAGAGACCAAUACACAGUACAUUCUAAAAAGUCUCAAAAACCUAUUGUUUUUUGCAAAUUGAACACUAUUCCCAAAAUGGGUCAUGUUCAAGUACCAUCUUCUUGCAUUGUACUUCCUUCAACUUCUUAAAUUCUUCAACUUUCUUCAUUUUCAACACCACCAUGUUCCUCUACAAACUUCUCUUUUUGUUGGGUUUCUUACAUUUUCUUGGAAUGCACCUCCCUCUUCUAAUGGCUGAUUGCCCUUUGAAUUUUGCUGCUUCAAACUUUACACUGGCAUCCUCUUUAUGCUCUGACCAAGGUGAGCGAGGAAAAUGUUGCCGCUACAUUAAUGCUAAUAUUGCAAUUUCUGUUGCUCAUUUUGCUAAUGCAACAAGCAACCUAGGGGUCCCUCUAAAUACCUCUGAUAUCUGCCUCCAAACCAUAUCUCAGAACUUGCAACUUUAUGGAGUUCCACGGCUUGCAACAGUCUUCUGUGGAUUCGGGACAAAAAUUCGCGUUAAUUAUGAAUGCAAGGGUCGAACUAGUGUUAUGCAGAUGCUGCAAUCUCCCAGAUUUGUGGAGGUCACAAAACAUUGCAGAUUGCCUCUUGCAAAGGAAAGUAAAUGUAAGAAGUGUGUAAACGCGAGCAUUGGUUAUCUGCGCCAAUUAGGAAUUGAAGAUAAUAUUACACUGAGUACAUGUCGUGAUGCUACUUUUGCUGCACUAGCAAGCCAAGUAGAUGAGAUGUAUACCACUGAUAUUGCAAGUUGUUUCUUUGGCGUUCAAGGACUUCUCAGGACUCCUGUUUCAGAAUCAUCCCCAUCAUUACCUGCUCCUGAGGUUUCGCCAAGUCCACCAGUUGCUGCUGAUAGCCCAAGUCAACUAUUGUUAGGUCUACCAACUAAGGGAAAACACCAUUCAUAUCACUUGGCAUUAGUUCCAUGUAUUGCUAUUGCAGUUACAGCUGUUGCUUUUGUGAUGUUCAUAGUCUUGAUGAUUCUAAUUCGCCAAAAAAGCAGAGAGCUAAAUGAGCCUCAUAAUUUUGGUAAACCCAGUUCGAAAACUGUUCCUUCUAUGGCAAAAUGGAAAUUUCAGGAAGGCUCGUCAUCUAUGUUUCGAAAGUUCAACUUUAAAGAGAUAAAGAAGGCAACAGAGGGGUUUAGCACCAUUAUUGGCCAAGGGGGAUUUGGAACGGUAUAUAAAGCUCAUUUUAGUGAUGGCCAAGUUGCAGCAGUAAAGCGAAUGGACAGAGUCUCAGAACAGGGAGAGGAUGACUUCUGCAGAGAAAUUGAGCUUCUUGCUCGGCUGCACCACCGGCAUCUUGUUACGUUAAGAGGUUUUUGCAUCAAAAAACAAGAGAGGUUUCUGCUGUACGAGUACAUGGGAAAUGGAAGCUUAAAAGAUCAUCUUCAUUCCCCUGGUAAAACACCACUAAGUUGGCGAACUAGAAUCCAAAUUGCCAUUGAUGUGGCUAAUGCACUGGAGUACCUUCAUUUCUAUUGUGAUCCUCCACUGUUUCACAGAGAUAUCAAGGCUAGCAACACUUUACUGGAUGAGAACUUUGUUGCUAAGAUAGCUGAUUUUGGCCUUGCACAAGCUUCAAAAGAUGGUUCGAUAUGCUUUGAACCUGUAAACACUGAAAUAUGGGGAACUCCAGGUUAUAUGGAUCCGGAAUAUAUUGUUACUCAAGAGCUCACCGAGAAAAGUGAUAUAUACAGUUAUGGGGUGUUACUACUGGAAAUUGUGACAGGAAGAAGAGCUAUUCAAGAUAAUAAGAAUUUGGUGGAAUGGGCCAAACCAUACAUGGAAUCAGAAACUAGAUUAUUAGAACUAGUAGAUCCCAAUGUGAGGGAAUCUUUUGACUUGGAUCAGCUUCAAACAGUAAUUUCUAUAGUAGGAUGGUGCACACAGAGAGAAGGAAGAGCAAGACCUUCAAUAAAACAAGUCCUUAGGCUUCUGUAUGAGACAUCAGAACCAAUGCACACUGAGUUUCUACAAGCUGUUGAAGACGAGGAGAGUCAAGGAAAUGAGCAGAGAGGCAGAAGAAGCAAAGGAAAAAUGCUCAGAAAUGAAGGAAAUUUUCACAGUGGGGAUGGAAGAUAUCUUGCUUCGUCUUCAAGUACAUCUCGGUCGUAUUGUAGUAGAAGUUUUUUACUAGAAAAUGGGUCUGCACAGUCAUCACCAAAUGUAUUUUCAGUCUGAAACAAUUAUUAGAUUCUUGACUGGAGUUUCUCAUUUAUUAACUGUCUUCAAAAUUUUGGUUUGUUAGAAGUAGGAAAACCAUUAAAGAGUCCAUAUAUGAAUAUUGGAUUGGGAGAGAUGAGAAUUAUAUAACUUUCUCUGCUUCUAUCAUCUACACUGGCUUGCAGUUGCAUAUAAACUUUCUUUGGUCAUUGUUA